UCCACCCACACCGUGUGCGACGGAUUACAGCUUUUUGAACUCCUCUGUGCCCACUGAAGGUACGUCUGUCCUCGAGGAGAAACUAUACUGCCUCGUGAAAACAUGACUUAGUUCAGUUCUCUGCUGUGCUGGACUGGACCGCAGGCCAAUGAGUCACUUCACCGACUUCUAUGAAUUGGUAUACCGUGAAGAGAGGACAAUAUGUCAACAUCCGCGGAGAUAAGUGAUUAACCGAGAGCUGGUCACGUGUCCGACGCUGUCCGCGAGGAGUAGGGCCGCCGUGGAGGUGUCUACUGGUUGCCUGACAGUAGUGGAACUUCGGUGACACCUGCUGCACAUCUGAGUCUAUUACAGCUGGAAGCCUUCUCGGGAUCUUUUGGUCUCAACGGCACACCUGUCCAGGUUCAUGACUGGAUCUUACACGGCUAUCAGGUUCCCGGUCCCGUGUGGGAUGUUAACGGACUGGAAGCGCGUUGAGGCUGAAGGAGCAUGGUGAAACACCAACCCUUGCAGGUCUAUGAGAAACAGGUCUUUGUGUCCUUUGUCACUGGGAUCUAUGGUUGCCGCUGGAAACGCUACCAGCGUUCCCAAGACGACAGCUCCAGGUGGGAGUGUACAUGGUUCGUCAUCUUGUGCAGUUCCUUUCUCCUUCUCCUCUUUUGGGCCUACUUCUGGUUGGUGGCUCAAAAUGAUUUCAACGAGUUCAACUGGUCUGUAUACAACCGCUCUGGAGAAUGGAAGGACGAGACCAUCCCCAUCCUCGCAUCCACCACCGUGGGAUUCAGCUACAUCACAUUCUUACUGAUUUUAGCACUUUUCCACAUAUCCUUGGGCCAGCAGCUGAACCUUUACUGGGUCCACAAGAUUGGAGUGUUGGCUUUGCUGCUCACCACCAUCUCUGGCGUCAUCUCUGUCGACGACAUAUGGGGAGAUGAGUGGGACAUCAUUCUAGUUUCACUGCAGUCCACUGCACCCUUCCUGCACAUUGGAGCCCUGACGACAGUCACAGCCAUCAGCUGGUUGGUAGCUGGAUAUGUGGUCCGCAGAGAGAGAUCCAACUUCCAGGUGAUGAUGUUGCUGAUCUACAUGGUCAUCCUCCUGACGGUGUAUUUGGCACCGCUUACAUUCACCUGCCCCUGCAUCAUGGACCGCCACAGCCUCCGACUGCGACCAGACGUCAUCGGUCGACGCGGAGCCCCGAUGGUGGCCCCAGAAAACACCAUGGUGUCCUUUAACAGAGCCUUGCAGUAUGGAGCCAGCUCCCUGGAGGCAGACGUCACAAUCAGUGUGGAUGGUGUUCCCUUUCUCAUGCGGGACCGCACACUGAAGCGAACAACAGACGUCAGUAAGGUCUUUCCAGCCAGACAGUAUGAUGAUGCCUCUUUCUUCAACUGGACUGAGAUUCGCUCUCUAAAUGCAGGCCAGUGGUUUUUGGAGAGUGACCCGUACUGGACAGUAGAAACCCUCACAGCGAGGGACCGCAGCAGAAUAGCUAACCAGACGGUCUGCAGUCUGGUGGAAAUGCUGCGUCUGGCAUCCAAGGCCAACAGCUCUGCACUGCUCAAGGUCCGCAGGCCUCCGCCAGAGCACCCGCGCUACCGGACCUGGUUCAUGGACACAUUGUGGGCAGUGCAGAAAGCGGGGAUCACUCAGAAGAGGGUGAGGACUGUGACGUGGACCCCCGACACUGACAGGGGGAGGGUGCGAGGUCUUCAGCAGACCGCAAAUGAGAAGCUGUCCGUGGAGGAGAUAAAGCAGAGGGGACUAACGAGUCUCACCCUCCACUACAGCAAGGCGACCACCAAAGACAUACAGGAGUAUCUGGCCAAUAAUGUGAGUGUGACUGUGUACCCAGUGAAUGAGCCCUGGCUCUACUCCAUCCUGUGGUGUAGCGGGGUGCCUUCUGUGUCCUCCGAUGCCCCCCAAGUCAUCCGAAAGGUGCCUUACCCCAUCUGGCUCAUGAGUCGGAAUGCUUACCGCUUCAUCUGGAUCACUUCAGAUCUGGUCUCCAUUGCCGUGGUCAUCGGGAUUUUUGGUUUUCAAAAGUGGAGGAUGAGAGGAAUGCAGAACUAUAACCCAGAGCAGAUCAUGCUGAGCGCCGUGACGCGUCGGUCCAGUCGGGACGUGAACAUCAUGAAGGAAAAGCUAAUAAUCUCAGAACUCAACAAUGGGCUCAGCAGUACAGAGGAGCUGUGUCUGUACCCUGAGAACGGUUAUGCCACAUACUCUCAUGGAGAUCUCAGUCACUGAACCAAAUACACGACAAACUCUGAUCUCUGAGUUUUGCUGACUGGACAAUAUUUUGUCAUCGGAAAGAAGGAGGAUGACGACAGAUGGUGGAACCGUUCUGUUAUUCAACUUAGAUCAGGAGUUAUGACAGAGUUGAUACCAAUUUGUAUCUAAAGUAUUUGCCCUAUAAUACAUACGUUUAAAAAACAAACAUGUUAAUUCACUAAUGUAAGUUUCAUGUAAUACAUGUAUGUGUAAUAUCACUUUGUAUGUAUUUUCUUCCUCACUACUGUCAGAAUCUCCUUUUGAAAAUGCUCACCAAUUACCUUCAAGAUUGUUGUAAAGAAUCCUUCUCUUGUUGUCAGUGAGGACAACACGGCUGGAGUUUGCAUUUGUCGUCAUCACUUCAGUGUUUCAUGAGUCAGAUGCCAUUUGCUUGUGAAAUUGAUCUUUUGGCAAAGUGAAUUCUUGUUUCUCAAAUUCCCAAAUCAAUUAUCAAUCAGGAAUUCCUAAUAUUUUAAGAUUAUCAUCCACAUUUUCCCCACAUACAUAUGGUAAUGUGACGGGGAUUGGGGCAAAAUCCAUUUGAAGAUCACAGAACGGAGAAUCCGUUCGAUUAAAUAAUUCUGGCUGUAAUGUUGUAAUUUUUUUCAUUUUUCACUGUUUUAUAACAGAGUUGUAGUGUUCUUUAUUAUAAGGUGAUGUAAAUAUGAGUUUUUAUUCUCUUUUUCAUUGCUUUGCACAUGAAUGGUGUAUUUUCUGUGACCAUGUAUUACCACUGUGACUGAUAAGGAAGACAAACCCUUUUUUGGGAAAAGUUGGCUGUAUUGUGACCAUAUUGUGAUAAAUGUUCUUUGCUGCAUGCCAUGAUUGGUUUACUGUAUAGUCAUAUUAGCUAUUACAUCUUUCACAGGACUGCCUUUUUGUUGAAUUGAUGGAUUGGUAGUAGUAUCGAAACGUAAUUAUUUUUUUUAGAUUUAAAUAA